AUGGCAGCGAUGGCUGUGGGACCUGGAGGUUUCCCCAGCUUUCCCGCCCACUUCUUUGAGCGGUCCCCAGUCUGGAUGAUCGCUCGGAAAUCCGUCCAUCCCUCCAUCCCCAGCCUCGAUCAACUACCCCGGAUUAUCUUCCACGUGCUGCUUGUGGCCAUGACUCCCCGUCUCCAUGAGAUGCUUACCUCAGCGCGAUCUAUGUGUCAUGCACCCAUGCUGCGCUUCUUCCGGUUUGCAAGGUGGGUGACUAGAGCCGUUUCAUGGGCUCAGGUUCUAACCUUGCUUGUUGCGGGCAUGUUCAUGAGCAGGCCGGCUUACGUCCCGGAAUUGAGCGUGUGGGCAGCCCUUACUGUCGAAAUUCGAGAAGAGUACAAAAAGCAAAGUGCUACACUAGCUUGUUCAUUGACAGCUAUCAUUCAAAAUACAUCAUGUCGACUGUCACACAUAUCGGUGACGGCUGCCACAUCCACGGAGGGCCGAAAUCACCUAACCUUCUCUCCUGCGGAGAAGAAUCAAAAGUCAUGCUGA